AUACCACUCGACAUACCACCAAUCCCCACUACCAAUCUCCUGCUACUACACACCAACUAUAUAGAAACGAACAAAGAGUAGAACACAACUUCUCAACAUGUCAGGCCAAGAGACUCGUCAAUGGGUUCUCGCCAACCCACCCGAGGGUGAGCCCGUAAUCGAAGGAGAAAAUGCAACCUUCAAACUGCAAACCACCACACUCCCCGCCCCAGGACCCGAUGAAGUCCUCCUGAAAGCCGUCUACUUCUCCAACGACCCCGCCCAACGAGCCUGGAUCAGCACGCAGAUCGAGGCGGACCGUCUCUACAUGCCCCCCGUGCAAAAGGGCGAAGUAAUGCGCUCAGGCGCCAUCUGCGAAGUCGUCACGUCCAACAGCGCCUCGCUGCAACCCGGCCAACUCGUCCAAGGCUUCAUGCUCAACUGGUCCGAAUACAUUGUGGCGCCCGCCAAAUCCGUGCGCCCCAUCCAGGCCGACCCAGCCUCAGGAAUGCGAGCGACGCACUUCAUGGGAGCCCUCGGCGGCACGGGCCUGACGGCGUACUACGGCCUGGUCGACAUUGCGCGCGCCACUGCCGCCGACACGGUGGUUGUGUCCGGGGCGGCGGGCGCGACGGGCUCGCUGGUCGUCCAGAUCGCAAAGCACAUUGUCGGCUGCAAGCGCGUCAUCGGCAUCGCGGGCGGGGCGCAAAAGUGCAAGUGGGUCGAGAGUCUAGGCGCAGACGUCUGUGUAGACUACCGGUCCCCGUCUUUCCAGCAGGAUCUGCGCGCUGCAACCGAGGGAUACGUCGACGUCUACUUUGAUAAUGUCGGCGGCGACAUCUUGUCGCUGAUGCUGACCCGCAUGAAGAAGUUUGGCCGUGUUGCCGCGUGCGGUGCUGUGUCCACGUAUAAUUCGCUGGGCGAUAGCGGUGUCAAGAAUUGGACAGAGAUUGUUAGCAAUCGGAUUGAGAUCAAGGGGUUUAUUGUACUGGAUGCUAUGGAGCAAGGGAAGACGGGCGCUAUGAUUGGGGAACUUCUCAAGGCGGCCAAGGAGGGGAAGAUUCAGUUGGGACCAGAUUCGGAGACGGUGGUGCCGACCAAGUUUGAGGACGUGCCCAAGACUUGGGUGAUGUUGUUUAAUGGGGGGAACAAGGGCAAGUUGAUUACGGAGUUGAAGGGUUAGGAAAAGCGGGUGGGGGGUGGUUUUGUUUAAAAGGAUAGAAAGAAGGAUAGAAUUUUUUUUUCUGACAAUCCAAAAGAUUCUGGUUAGCAAGAGUUGCAUUUGUUGGUCAAGAAGAAGUUUAAGGGUAUAUGUGUACGUUGUUUUUCUCCUCAAAUACGCCUGAAGGU